UUUGCCUCAGAGGUCACGAGUUUGUUACAGCUUUUAGUUAAAUAAAAUACCUAUGGGACAGAUGUUUUAACCUUAGUAUUAUUAUAAGUGUUUUAAAAAUACUUGAAGAUUAACAGCUUAUGGAAAGAUGAGGUACUGGAUUGUGCUACUCUACAUUUACCACGUGAGGAGUGAUUCAGUGAAAUGUGGGAAAUCAUUUAUUGGAGAAGAAGAUUUGAGACAUAAAAGACAAGUCAAUAGUAUUCCACUUGUGUACCCUUAUGGAGCUACGUAUAAGCUCCUGAUCGGCCUCACUGUACCAGUCCCGAACAAGGACAAAAUCAGCUUGGCGUUCGCUGCUAAUUUCCAGUACCAAUACGUACAGUUUCAGAAUAUAACUGAGCUAUCGCAGUACUACUUUAUAAAGCAAGUGGCCAGGGAAGAAAGAGACGCAGUUAUGAAGAAGAAGAGGAACGAAAGACUCACCUUCUACAGAGCUUUUGCUAAUUUAUUGGAUUCGCAAGGUGUGGACGGCAGAGAAUGUGUUCUUCGCACGAUCUGUGAAGCUGCACAGUACCCAGUAGAAGAAGAAGGUCUUGUUGGAGAAAUGAUGCACAUAUUGCUGACGCCAGAUUACGGGCAUUCAGAGUUUGAAGAUGCUGACCCUGAGUGGGAAGCCGCUAUCUCUCAGUAUAAGGACGCCGCGAUCGCGGGCAGACAAAUGUUCAGUUGUGCUUCUAUAUAUAGUGCAUGUUUUGGUCAGGGGGUGUUGGAUCUCAUCACUACACUGAGAGACCAUUAGUAGUCACCAAGUUUUAAUAUAGAUAUUAUUGGCCAUUUUUCCAUCUCUCAGUACAAAACAAAUGGAUGU